GACUCGAAACGGUACGGAGGUACGCAUGCGCGACGCUCAUGAGGCACACGGUCAAUUGAACUGCGGCGAAUUGAAUGUGUAAUAAAUAGUAUGUGCAUUAAAAUUAAAUAAAAAAUUUAAAUACAACAAAAAAGCAAUGCUAUCCAGUUCCUCGAAAAGCAAGCCAAAUCAGUUGCGCAGCUGAAAAUGGUGUGAACCACUUAAAAAAAUAUAUGAAUAAAAAUAAAAUAAAUAAAAAUAUAAAUAUAAAUAAAGUGAGAUAAACGCUAAAGAAAGAGUGCAAAACAAUCAAACCCAUAAACAAAAAAUAAAUACAUACGAAAAUUAUAUAAAAUAAUAAAUAAAAAAUCUAGCGUCGCUCCAGCUGUGCGAAUCGUGAUCACAGUCACCGCUGAUCGUUGAUAUACUUUUAACACCAAAUCGCUAAUACAUUUCAUUAACAGCACCAAAAGCGUUUUCAAAAACAUAUAAAAAAAUUUUUGAAACAACAAAUCCACAAAAAAAUUAUGUAAAAAGUGUGUUGCAUAGCAAAAUAAAAUAUCAAUAAACAACACAAACAAUAAUUAAUAUUAAAUAAAAACACAAAUAAAAAAUAAGACGAGAAAACAAAAAAUUGAAAAGUGAUUUAAACACAGCCACUCCUCACCUCCCACAGAGCAGGGCGAUCUAUGGCUUUAUUACUACGUGCAUAAAGUGAAAAGUGUACUAAAAAUAUACUAAAACCAAAUCAGCACAAAUACAGGCGUAGCAGGCGAGCGCGUACACACCCGAAAAUGGCUCGGAAAGAGCAACCGGCCGCUAAUGAUAUCGAGCAAUUUCUACGAGAUGUACGCGAACAUUUCCGUGCCUCACUCGAGACAUCUGAAUAUGAGAAUACCUCGAAUAUGUUUCAUGUGACCGAGGCAGAUGCAACGCUCAAACUCUUGAUACGCUGUGAGAUGCUCCUAGCAAACUGCGCGCUGAAAGAUGCCAACGCAACAACGCUCAAUAACAAUAAGUCCAUUAUUGUCAAUGGCAAAAUGGAGUCAAACGAAGUUUAUGAUGGAAUCAAUGGAGCUAAUAGGGUCAAUGACCCGUCAAUGCAAGUGCACACAAGACACACAACUGCGAGCAGCCAAGGCAAUAAUGCAACAAAGAACAUUACGAAGCAGACAGAGCGAUCGCAUGAAGACGCCUCCUACUUGGAUAUGAGCGGAGGCGGUGGCGGUGGCGGCAGAACGAGUGGCAAAAAAUCAAACAGUUGGUAUGAUGAGUGGAAUAGUGACAUGAAAAGCGAUAAAACGUUUCGUUGUUCGGGGCGUCUUGGCAACAAAACCAACAGUAAAGCGUACAGUGAUGAGGAUGUUGACGUAGAUGAGGAGGAUAGCGAUGCGAAUGAAGAUGAUAACAUUUCUCAAAAUUACGAUAUAUGCCAAGUUUCCAGCCAUGGCAGAGACGAAAUGCAAAAGGCAAUAACACCAGAGCUCGAACCCAUGCAGGCCAUCGAUUGUCCAUAUAUGGAUUUGCCAGCCGGACAUCUUUCCAUUCAGCACGCCACCAAAUUUGGACAGUUGCAGCGCGUCGAGAAACGUCUGUUCUUCGAUCAGUGUAAAAAAUACUACUGCGGUGUGCUUGACGAUUGGCUGCUGUGCUAUGCCGACGGACCCACGUCAGCACAUCCAACGAUAACAUUGUAUUUAAAGCACAACGGCGUCGAAAUCGAACACUAUGGCGAGGGCAAGCGACGUGAAGUGUGUUUUCAAAUUACAACAGCCGAUCCCAAUAAGAAAUUUCUCUUCCAAGCCAAUAGUGAGGUGGAUGCCAAAGAAUGGAUUAUCGCCGUCGAAGCGGCCAUACGUGGAGACACAUCGCCGGCCAGUUUGAUAAGGAAUACAAGAAAACUGCCAACACCGCCUAUGGCCAAGAAAAUGACAUUCAUGAGUCACAUAAACAAUGCGCCAACGCACGACUGCAUUUACGAAGAACCCUCACCGCUCUUUCAAACUGAAAAAACCUCGAACAAGCCUAAACCUAAUUUACCAACCAAGAAGGAUGCAACAGCCACAGUUGAUUUGAUCAAUGAACUGGAAUACGACAUACCCAAAUAUCCACCGCAACCUGUUAAAUCGGCCGACACAAGUCAAUCGGAGUUGGAAACCGCCGAACUAUUGAAUUUAAACGAAAACAGCGUACUCAAUACCGAGAAACUCGAAUUCCAAUCGAUUGUCAAGGAUGUGCAUAGCAAGUUGUCUAGUCAGCUGUCCGGCGGUCCAACGCCGGAACGCUUAAAAAAGGCGCUUAUAAAAACUUACUCCGGCAGCAGUGCCAGCGAUGUGGAAGCUUUGGCGUUAACACCAACCUCACCGAACACAGUGAAGGAGAACAAGAAACAACGUAAAUCCACAACACCAAAUGUCAGUCCACAGAAGAGUAACAACAGCGUGCAUGGCAGUCCGAGCAACAACAACAACAGCAGCAACAACACUGUUAGUGUUAACGAUCGUGUGGGUGUGAAAUGCUUUGAUAAAUGGUUUUUCAAUCGCAUGAACAAGACAACAUCUUCGGGUCGCAGCACAAGCUCAUCGAAUUCAGCGCCAUCCUCGCCGGCCAAGUGUAAACAAAGUGAAAAGGAAAAUCUACUACAAAGUCUCGAUUCGCAUGAUGCUGUCGAUGGUGGUGGUGGUGGUGGUGUCAAUGAUGGCUUACACACUAAUAGCAGUAAUCCCUCAUCGCCGAUACUGAAGAACACCUUUUCGAGUUGCAGCGCCGGUGUCGACACCAGCAUGAAGAGCAAAGUCGAUCUGAUAAUCAAAGAAUUUGAGACGAGCGCACACAUGGGCAUGCUCACAAUGGAGACGUUGGCGGGCAGUGCUGUGGCCUCACUGAGUUCCUUCUGCGACAAAGAUUGUAAUAAUUACGAGCCCAUAAUGACUGUGACAACGCCACCGAGCAGUUUCUUAAAGAAAAUAUAGCACAGCGUUGCCAGUAUUAAAUCGGAAAAAUCGUUACCGUGUAAGAGCCGCGCUAGUUGGUGCAUCGUGUGAUAGGCACUCAAAUAAUUAUUGACUCUCUUUUGAUAAUAUUUAGUUGUGUAAGCGCUCUUGUAAAAGUUUCAAGCGUAAAAGUAUUCAUUAUUUUAUUAAAGAACUGUUUGGAAUAAAUCAUUUUUGUUAGUAUUAAUAUAAAA